UUGUCCCAAAAGGGCCACCAUACUUUAAAUUUAAGCGAAGUUGUUGCUAGAGGGACUGUAUACACUUCGUUAACUACUUCUUUCACUAAAAAAUAAUGUUAAUAUUUGUAGUGCACUGCAGAAAAAUGUCGGUUAUCAACGAGGUAUAAAAAGCAAAGGUAAUGUAGUUAUGGGUGCAACGAAUGUAGCUAGCCACAAUAAAUUGAGGAAACGUUACGUUAGUGAAGACAAUUUGGGCCGCUUGUCAUGGUCGACUCUGGAUGAGUUUGAAUUUCAUUCGAGACUUUGCCAGGAGUGUGCAGCUAGGCUAACUAACUAGCUAACGUUAGCUUGUUAGCGCUAAUUUAUUGGAUUUUGGCAAGUUAACCUAACCAGCGUUGCCGGCUAGUCUAGUUAGGUAACAUCAUAGAUUCCUUGCACAUCUAGGCUGUCACAUCGAUGUGGGAAUUGAGCCAGUAAGCGAUGCAUGUGAUGAAUAAUAGAUGAUUUUUAUUUAACGUUAUUGCUUAUAACGUUAAUAAUCAAUUCGUUCUUUUUGCUUGCGUCAACGAUAUAAAAGAGAAAUAUAGGACGUUUUAAUUGGUUAAAUGGUAGUAAUCUGGCAAAUUAACGUUAGACUAUACCGUUAAACGGGUGGAGUUCUGUGCAGGAUUACGUUACAGCGUUGCUACAAUAUCGAACAUUUAGAUAACGUUGCCAGAUUUUCUGCAGUGAUAACGACAGUGAUCACAACGCUGCAAUCGACUAAAUAGCCUAUAAAUUAGGAAACUAUGCAGAACUCAUAAUUGAGAAACACUGAAGCUAUACAAUUUCAUGUAAAGCACUACUAUUGACAUUGCCUAUUUGCUCCUGACAAAAAUUCCCAUAAUGCAAUGUUUAUAAAUACACAUAUAAGAUUUAGCUUUAGCGAAUCGAACAGUUUAUAAGACAAUUUAUUCAGUGCAACCUCGAUACACGUAGCUGUGAGUAACGAAAGUGCAUUUUUAUUGAUUUUUUGUUGUUAUUGGCAAUGAUGGGCACCACCAGGGAACCUGGGAACCAUGAAAAGAUCUCACGUUGGGCCCCACCACCCAGAAAAUUUUAUGUUCUAAUAUUUUUUCAGGGUCCCUGACAAUCAGGGCCAUUGGAAUCGUCCUAAAUCCACCCCUCCUUACGGUGCCCAUGUGGGCAAUUGUGAUUCUGCUCCAGACAACCAUGACUGACAUUCGCCGGUCACUGCUGCGUCGGGAUGCCCUGAGCGCUGCCAAAGAAGUGCUCUACCACCUGGACAUCCAUUUCAGUAACCAGCUCCAGAACACUGCCGCCCCAGUGGUAGACAAUGGAAGCGUCGAGUUGGUGGAGGAGUUUGUGUUCAACCUUCCUAAAGACCGGAGCAUGCAGCGAAAAAAGAUGACAUCACUGCAGGAGCUUCAGUUGCUGGAGAUCACAUGCAGCUACUUCCAGGAGCAGGGCAAAGACUCGCUCCGCCAGAUCAUCUUUGCUGCCCUCUUCAGCCCCCAGAGCAACAUGGCCGACGAUCGCAGGAUGGCCAUGCUGGGCAAACUGGUGUCCAUGGCCGUUGCCGUGUGCAGAGUGCCUGUGCUGGAGUGCGCCGCGUCCUGGCUACAGAGAAGCCCCGCCUCCCACUGCAUGCGGCUUGCCAAGGUCCUGGUGGAUGACUACUGCAACUCGGCACCCAGUCCAGCCUGUGCACUCAGGGACAUUGUUACUGUCAGCCCCCGGUUCUGUUGUCAGUUUAUCACUGCGGUUACUGCCGUGUAUGACCUCUCCUCAGAUGAUCUGAUCCCUUCCUCUGACCUGCUGGAGAUGGUGGUCACAUGGGUCCACGAUAACCCCCGCCUGACCCUGCUGACUUUCCUGAGCGCACCAAUGCCGUCCAGCCGACCCCCUGGCGCCCUGGAAUCCACCCCUCUGCUGGGGCUCGUACGCUGGUGCGUCAAGUCCCCCCUGGCCUACAAGAGACACAGGAAGCCCUUGCUGGCCCCCUGCCCAGGGGCCGCUCUUGCCUUGGGUCCUGCAGAGGGAGGCCGGGCCCCGGGGUCCCUGUACUCCAUGCUCCACCUCAGCGUCCUGCAGAUCCUGGUGUCCCUGCGGGCUGACCUCACAGAGCACCACCUGUACGGGCGCGUGGGGGUGCUGCCGCUGGAGCACGUGGCCAAGCUCGUCGGGGAGCUGGCCGUCCUGGUGGACCAGCUCAACCCUGGCGACGCUGCUGCUGAAUCCGAGCUCUCCUUGAACCGGCUGGCACAAGCCCUGCAGGUCGCCAUGGCAGCGGGGGCGCUACUCUGCUCCAGAGAGGACCUGAGGUGCCUUUGCUCCAGACUGCCAUAUAAUAGCCUGCUUCAGCUGGUGAAAUCGGGCCCCUUCUUGCAGCCGCCACACCCUGAAUUCCAGCAGGAGUCGUACCCCCCUAUCCACGUAUCGACUGCACGCUCAUAACACACACUCCUGUCCUGCCUCGUUCACUGUGCUCUGCUCAUAACACACACAUACCCCCCCCUCACAGUAUGUUCUGCUCAUAACACACACUCCUGUUCUGCCUCGUUCACAGUGCUCUGCUCAUAACACACACCUAACUGUCCCCUCGCCCAUCCCCCGCCCCCCCAUAGAGAGUUCUGCUCAUAAUACACACUCCUCUUCCCGCCCCCUCACAGUAUGUUCUGCUCAUAGCACACACUCCUGCCACACAUUACACACCACAUUUUGCUCACAACCUGCAUCUCUGUCUUCUUUAGUGCCAGUGGUGGCCUUGCCUAUCCUUACUGCCUAGUAUGCAAACAUGGACCUGUAUCCCAAAGUCUGUGCUGUAAAGUACUUACAGCACUUUGAAGGAAAACUGGUUGACAGACACAUGCUACUGUACUUGUAGUGAAAACCACAGCAUUCCUAUUGCAGUGGUAUUAUUUGGAAAUCUUAGUUCAAAGUCCUCACCUGUUUGAAAGAGUAGUAAAACAAAAAAUUUUUUAGGACUGUUGAAAUUACCUGACAAUAUUUUUGUUUUAAUGUUUUUAUUUAUUUCAUUUUAACCUUUUUUAAAAAGCAGAAUGUUGUACUGGUUUGUAUGAACGGAAAUUAAAUAUCAGAAAUUGAAUGAAAGCACAACUUCUUCAUCUUGAAUAUACAUGAUACCAAGAGUUUAAAGUUUGUGAUUCGCCCAGUUCUGUCUCUUCAGUGUGUUAAAUUGUAUUUAACAGGCAUCAGUUUGAAUAAUUUAAAUAUAUAUAUGGGUCAAAACAGCCACUGAUCUCUGAAUGUACAGUACACACAAUUUUUUUAUUUGCCUUGUUUUACCUUUUAAAUGGUGCUUUCCAUGUAUGGUUUUUGGCAGGGAAAAAGCAUUUGAUAAUUCAGGAGAAGACAGUCAAGCAUUAUUACACCAUGUUUAAAUUAAGGAGAGCCGUGUGACAUUUUGAAGGGAAAAAUGUUUAUGUACGUACAUAGUUUCAUUAGUUUAUUGUUUUCAUGAGCAAGGUUUUAGCACUCCUUUGAAGCCAAGGACAUAAUUUUAAGUGAAUGUGACUUUUUUUUUUUUUUACUGAUAUAUUCUACCUUAGUAAUUAUUUGGAUAAUGUCUCACUUCUUGGGCUACUGGGAAACACACUGGUUCAAAAUAUGUUCAGCUUGGAAACCAGACAAUAAACAUCGUUUGGUAUGUUGAAAAUUAAUGUUAAUGUGUCUUUUUAAUAGUGAAGAUAACGCCUGUUUUUCUUACAAGUUAUAAUAAAAUUACAUACCAGA